UUGGCAUGGGUGCAUUUUCCGUCUAAAAGUGGGUAACGGCGUCCGGCACGAACAGCAGCAAAAUCCCUCACUCUCCGAAAUCGGAUCAAACCUUAAACCCUAGACCAGGGGAGCCAUGAAAUGGACUCUAUUGAGAAACGUCUCUCUCAGAGCUUGCCAUCAUCUCCUUAAUUCUCCUACUUACAGGCCCAAUGCCCUUCCUCCAUGCUUGCUCUCUGCCCCGGCCAGGUCUCGAUUCAGGCUCUUCUCUUCUGAGAACGAUUCGCCGCCGAAGGAUAGUUCCGAAGGUGCUCCCAAAGCGAAUUUGGCGCCGGCUCAGAAGAAAGGCAUAUCUCUGGACGUCCAAGACGUGAGCAAUAAAGAAUUGAAAAUGCGGAUAGAGAAGUACUUUAAAGGUGAUGAGGAGGCACUGCCAUCAAUUCUUGAAGCUAUUCUUCAGAGGAAAUUGGCUGGAAAGCACGAGGAUACGGAUGAUGAACUUAUUGAAGAACUACGAAUGCAACCAUUGGAUGAUGUCAAGGACAAAGAGUUCGAAUCUGAUUUUGAAGAAUUGUACGAGACAGAUGAAGAGAUUGACGAUCUUUACAAUGCUAGGGAUAUAGUUAUGAAAAAAAUGGUGAAGGACGAAUACUUCAACAUGGAUGACAAAAAAUGGGAUGAGCUUGUUGAGGAUGGUAUUAAGCAUGGGAUUCUGAAGGACACCAAGGAGUGUGAAGCGAUUUUGGAGGAUAUGCUUAGCUGGGACAAACUCCUUCCAGAUGAAAUGAAGAAAAAGGUGGAAGAGAAAUUCAAUGAGCUGGGGGAUAUGUGUGAAAAAGGGGAACUUGAACCUGAAGAAGCUUACUCGAUGUUCAAAGAGUUUGAAGAUCAGAUGGUCAUGGAAUAUGGAAAAAUGAUGGAGGCGGAAGGACCACCAAAGUUUGAUGAAACCGAUGUGCCAGAUAACAAAAAGGACUUGGAUGACCCACCCGGCGAAGGGCCAAUUCUUAGGUGGCAAACAAGGGUUGUGUUUGCACCAGGUGGGGAUGCAUGGCAUCCCAAAAAUCGAAAAGUGAAGUUGUCUGUUACUGUGAAGGAGCUUGGUUUAUCGAAGUACCAAUUCCGUCGACUGAGGGAAUUGGUUGGCAAACGCUAUCAUCCUGGAAAAGAUGAGCUUACGAUUACUAGUGAGAGGUUUGAACACAGAGAGGAAAAUAGAAAGGAUUGCCUUAGGACUCUUUAUUCUCUGAUAGAGGAGGCUGGGAAAGCCAACAAACUUGUAGAGGAUGCUCGAGCUUCGUAUGUUAAGGAGAGGUUGCGGGCAAAUCCUCAGUUCAUGGAGAGGCUGCGUGCCAAGAAGAUGGGUUCACAAGUAUCAAGCCCUUUGCCUGCUUGAUUGUUUUGUUUCUGGAUGAUGCCUCCUCCAAUCAUUGGUAAUCUUUAAAAUAUUUUCUUACCAAAUUCGUUGUCACUAUUUGUUUGUGGCAAGGAGAUAGAGAAAAAACAGUGGAAUUUUUAGAAACCAUAAGGUGAUGUUGUUGCCACUUUUUCCCCUCUGAAUCAACUUAUUUCCUCCUU